CCCUGUGUUUUGGUUUAUCCGCGGAAUAAGCUCGUGCGAAAAGGAACACCAUCUGGUAGCAAAGUUGUCAGAUCACAGUCGGUAGAAAUGUCGACGAAAGUUACGUUCAAAAUUACCCUGACAUCGGAUCCGAAGUUGCCGUUUAAAGUUCUCAGCGUUCCGGAGCAAACGCCCUUCACAGCGGUACUCAAAUUCGCAGCAGAAGAAUUCAAAGUACCAGCGGCCACAUCUGCGAUAAUCACCGAUGACGGAAUCGGCAUAAACCCAGCCCAAACCGCAGGAGAUGUCUUCUUGAAACAUGGGUCGGAACUACGUUUGAUUCCGCGGGACCGAGUCGGCUAUUUUUCGCUUUGAGUUAUAUAUGUAUUAAGGAAGGCCUCCUUAACGUGAUGUUUGUACAUAACGAAUGAAAUAAAUUCUCCAUCCGUU